GGCAUAGACUGACGCGUUCGUAUCUUCUAUUGCCUCGCAUCAGUGCCAAGUAGUGCUCCUCCAUUCUGGCUCCACAGGUGCUGGGCUCGAGUCCCGUCUCCUGCCUCUUGCCUGCGGCGCCCAAGUUGGCGUGGGGCAGGAGUGUCGCGAGCUUAAGACGACCAGAUCUGGUUGUCCGGUUUCUGCUUCGUGUUGCGUCUACUUACUGCCUUAUCUUUCGGUCGGUUGGCGAUCUGAUGUCGACGCCGUCGCCUCGAGCACGUUCGGAUGGGCAGGUGAGACUCGAAUAGGGGGACUUUCAGCUCCGACUACCAGAUUGUCCUUAUCCGACCGAUUGCCCCCCUCAUCCACUUCCUCCUUCUUUCCUUCUCCCCUUCUCCACUUCGGCCUCGCUUCGCCUCCCCUCCCAAAUUGGUUGACUUUUUUAUUCGGCCUCGCUGGUAGGUCGGUUGGACAAUUGAAAAGGCCGAAAAAACAACAACCGAGGCGUGAUUUACUUCAUCUUUGCCCGAGUCCCGACACCACGCCAGAGCCGAUGUCCACUUUGACACGUUUCGGCCAUUUCGGUAGAUAG